AUGGAGGAUUAUGAGAAACUAUUUGAAGAUAUGAAAUUAGAAGAGGACAAUGCAUAUAAUAUAAUAAAAAAAAGCGAAGAAAAAAAAAUAAAAAGAAUAUUAUACAAAUCAAAACAUGAUCCCAAUGUACUACCAAGUUAUUCAACUUUUAAUUUAAAAGGAAAACGAUACAAUAUUUCUAAUGUAACUGGAAUGCUAAUAAAAAAAGAAGAAAAACAAAAGAGCAUAACAGAAUUAAAAAAUAGUUAUAAUAAAAAAAUUCUAAAAAAAGGAGAAAAAAAUCAAAUGAUACCUUCAUUAAAUGAAAUUAAAAAAGUAAACCCAGCAAUACUUACUGUUAAGAAGAAGAAAAAAAAAUUUAAAGAUCCAUUACCAGAUAGAAAUGAUAAUCCAUUAUUGAAUUUACGGGAUGAAGAAAUCGAUUAUAUAUAUGAUAACGCUGUUGAAGUAAUUCACACAAAACCGGUAGAAAAAAAAAAAAGGCAAGGAAAAAUUCUUUUAGAUGAAAAUCCAUUAGACAAGAAAGAUUAUGGGAAAAUUAGUCCUUAUCUUAUUAAGAUAAAAAAUGAAUUAAAAGAAAAAGAAAAUUUGAAAAAACAAGAUAUCAUAGAUGAAGAAAAAACUGCUAAAGAAAUAGAAGAAAAAAGGAAUAUUUUAUUAAUGGAACUUAAAAAUAAAUAUAAUGAAAUUAAUAAGGAAUAUCUAAAAAUAUCUCAUGUUGUUGAUGUCAAUUCUGUGAGAAAAUUAAAAAAAAAAGAAAAUUAUGAAAAGCAAUUAAAUCAAUUAGAAAAAGAUAUACAAAAAUUAGAAACAUAA